CCAAAAAAAAAAAAAAAACCUGCCGAGUCAUCGCCCCCCCACGCAAGUGAUUAUGCCGAGAGAGGAGUUUUCCGUAUUCGAGGAUAAUGGGAAAUCCGCGUCCUUCGUAAUUAUCAUCAUCAUCAUAACGAGAGCGUCAUCGAUAUACGCGUGUUUGGCGUGAGAUUCUCUAGAACAAUAAAGCCAAUCCUCACAAAUUGUUAGACACUCGUCGCGACAUUAGUAAUAUCAGGCGAUUAUUCUGGUGUUAAAACGCUCGAGGUGAAAAACCAAAUAAUAAUAAAAAAUAUUUAAACAGUUGGAGGCAGGUGAAAGUGCAGUCUAAGGAUGACUCGUCAAAAUAAUAAAGAUCUAUACAAGUAGAGGAGUGAGAGCCAAGAGUUGGAAAUUAACCUGGCGAGCAGAGUUAAAAGCCUUCGAUCUCAUCAUUCUGGAGUAAUUAUUAACAAUAACUCGUGAUAAAGCUGUGGAAUUAUUGUGAUCAUUGAACGGGAGAGUCCGAUUGAGCUGCGGAGUGUUUUUAUGUCUUUUGAAUAAGAAUUGGCUAUUGUAUAUUAGGUUCUGUUGCGCAAGUCAUUCCCGGGAUCACGAGGCGAAUUUCGACGAUUAAAUAACAGCCGGUUUUUUCGCUUUUCUUCCAAUCUGCCGUUGUUUAUGUUGAAUGUUUGAGGGUUCACCCUGAUCGAACUCUAAGGAUAUCAACUGCCAGGACAUAUGUCGAAUGCAAGGGACGAGUUACAGUGUUUUAGAUAAUGGAGAGCUAUGGGCUUUAUCGAGAAGAUAAUUGAGUUUAACAUUGGCAUUACCUGGGAUUGCUACGAUUGUUCUUUACCGUGGGCCAGUUGUUACCGUCAACGUCAGUGCGACAGGGUUAUUUGUUAUUAUUUUCAUCAUUCCGGUGAACUAACCUCAAACACCCAGAGGCUGGCUACGUUCCUGCAAGUUCGAGGCGGAUUUGCAAUUUUUUUGUUUGGGAUCCCCGGAGGAGUUGUGUUGUGUCAUCUUCAUCCUUCACUAUCUGGUGAACAACCGUUCAAAACUCUUGUUUACGUGCGUUCCGACCUCGACGGGUUUAUUUCUGUAAUAUUAAUGGAUGGUGAGGAAGACAAUCUAUCUCAAAAUGGGCCAAAAAUUAAAAUGGACCAGAAGGCGUUUGUUAUUGGGUCAUCGGUGGAGUCUGGUGUCGAGAGUGAAUUGGAGAAUGCCUGCAAUGAUAAAACAGACCUUGGAGACAUGACAUUCUCCAUGACUAAUUACAUUACCGAAGCCAUGAGGAUGAUGUUCAUCAUGAGAAGUCAUCAUAUGCUCACCGAUGUUAUUCUGGAGGUCGGCUCUGAACUUUUUCAUGCACACAAAGUUAUACUGGCCGCUGCUAGUCCAUACUUCAAGGCCAUGUUCACGGGGGGUUUGAAAGAGUGUGAAAUGACUAGGGUAAAACUGCAAGGCGUCUGUCCUACCGCCAUGGCUAGGCUUAUGUUUUUCAUGUACACAGGACAGAUUAGAGUAACUGAAGUGACUGUUUGUGCUCUUCUCCCAGCAGCUACCAUGUUCCAGGUAAACAACGUGAUAGAAGCCUGUUGUGUAUUCUUAGAAAAGCAGUUAGAUCCGACAAAUGCCAUUGGAAUAGCAAAUUUCGCUGAACAGCAUGGCUGUCGCAAUCUUCACCGUAAGGCCAAUCAAUUUAUUGUCCAGCACUUUAGUAGAAUAUGCCAAGAGGAGGAAUUUCUUCAAUUAUCAGCGAUGCAACUUAUCUCCCUUGUACGAAAAGACGAGCUAAAUGUACAGGAGGAGCAGGAAGUGUACAAUGCUGUAUUGAAGUGGGUCAAGUACAACGAGGAUGCCAGAGGCCCCAAGAUGGAACACAUACUGCAUGCUGUAAGGUGCCAAUAUCUGACACCAAGUUUUCUCAGCGAACAGAUGAAGAACUGCGAUGUCCUAAAGAAAGUGCCAGCCUGUAGGGAGUAUUUGGCACAAAUUUUCAAGGAUCUCACGCUCCACAAGAAGCCCAUUGUCAAAGAGAGGACUCCCAACACUCCCAGGGUCAUUUACAUUGCUGGUGGAUUUCUCAGACAUUCCCUCGAUAUUCUCGAGGGCUACAAUGUCGAUGAUAACACUUGGACACUCCAUGCCAAGUUAAUCGUACCCAGAUCUGGGCUUGGUGGGGCUUUUCUUAAAGGAAUGUUUUAUGCUGUUGGAGGUAGAAAUAACUCACCUGGUACUAGGCUAGCUCCCUGUGACAACAGGUAUGACAGCGAUUGGGUAGACAGAUACAAUCCCGUAAAUGAUCAAUGGAGGCCGUGUUCACCAAUGUCGGUUCCCAGGAAUCGUGUUGGUGUUGCUGUUAUGGAUGGACUGCUUUACGCUGUCGGAGGAUGCUCGGGGACACAGUAUCAUAACAGUGUCGAGUGUUACGAUCCAGAAACAGAUGCUUGGAGCAAUAUCAAAUCAAUGCAUGUUAAGAGGCUUGGUGUGGGUGUUGCCGUUGUGAAUAGGCUACUUUAUGCCAUCGGUGGAUACGAUGGGACCCACAGACUCAAUUCAGUUGAAUGUUAUCAUCCUGAGAAUGACGAAUGGACAAUGGUAGCACCCAUGAACUCAUGUCGGUCCGGGGCAGGUGUGGCUAGUUUAGGACAGUUUAUUUACGUUGUUGGAGGGUAUGAUGGAAGUGGCCAAUUGAAUUCCGUCGAAAGAUAUGAUACUGAGAAUGACUGUUGGAAGUAUGUUGGCAACGUUUCAAUAGCACGCAGUGCACUCAGUGUCACAGUUUUGGAUGGAAAAUUGUAUGCUAUGGGGGGCUAUGAUGGCUCAACAUUCCUUAGUAUCGUAGAAAUUUACGAUCCCGCAACUGACAAAUGGGAACAAGGCGCAUCCAUGACAUCAGGUAGAUCAGGACACGCAAGUGCAGUAUCCUAUCAUCACUGCCCGAAGAACUGCGAUCACUGGGACCUCAGUAUUGGGCCGGAACGUGCUCCUUCGUGAUACUCUCCUUACCUCAUCCAUUAUCGAAAACACCCACGUGAGUGAGCCGUGCUACUUUUCCCAAAAAAAAUUUACAUGAGAUCGUAGGACUAUUCUUCUCUCAUUUAAGAGUGAACUUGAUUUUGCACUUGGCGGCUUGUACAAUUUUUUUUUUCGACGAGGCUCUCGGUGCGUCCUUGGAUAGAAUAUUAUUUUUUUUUUAUAAAAAUCGGAAACUAUUAUAGAAAUUAUAUGAAAACAUGUACAUAAAACAGUUGAAAAUAUUUUCAAAUGAUAGUGUUAUGUUACUUUAUUCAGU